AAAAGAUUUAAAUAAAAAAUCAAAUUUUUAUCAGGAAUGGCAGCAAAUAAGUUCUGGAAAAAAACUGAAGUAAGAGUAUAUGUUCAAUAAUGAGUUAACAAAUUUGGAAUAAUAAGUUGGUGUAGCAUUGACCUAAAUCGAGUAAUCAGUCGCAGAAGCCAAGAAUCUUAAGGUUUCAUCAGUUGUUGAUUAUACAGCAAAAAUCAAUGCUAAGAAAUAAGUUUAUUUAGUAUUCAUUCCCCAUCCAUGCUUAUCAAUCUACAAUAAAGUGAGGUAAGAAAUUGUGUAAAUUGUUUAGCUCAAAAUUAUUACCAGAAUUAGAAAAGAGAUUGAAGGCAACAAUAUUAGUUGUUGCAAAGAGAACAAUUGAAAGUAAAUGGGUUAAAAAACACAGAUCACAAACAAGACCAAAUUCAAGAACACUCACAUCUGUCUAUGAUGGACUUCUUGAUGAUCUUGUUGCACCAUCAACUAUUUUGGGAAGAAGAACAAGAGUUAGAGUUGAUGGCACUAAAUUCUAUAGAAUGUACAAAUUUAAUAUUCAUAAUUAGCUUUUUGGAUGAAUAAGAUAAAAAUGAGGUUGAACCAAGACUUGAUUCAAUCAAAGCUGUCUAUAAAUUAUUAACAACUAGAGAAUUAGAAUUUGAAUUCAGAAGAGAUGAUGUCUUCUACUCAAAAAGAGGUGGAGCCAAGAAAACAACAAAAAAAUGAUGAGCAAUAAUAUUUUAGUACAAUAUAAUCAAUAAUAACACUAAUUAAGC